CACUUGUACCUCCAUAGAGAGGUGUUGUGCUGCCUGCCCUCCGCGCCUGGCUCGCACUCUCUCUGCCGGCAACAAAGAAGACAAGACGUCCAUUCGUAAUCGAUUUUACUUUUUCAAAACAUUCUUUGUUUGACCGUUGUGUUUUUCUAUGUUCUCGUGUAUUUUAAAGCGGUUUGUCUUACGGAGGGACUUUUUAUACACCGGAAUAGUAACUAAUAUUGUCCAGGUUGCUUGCUAACAAUGGUGGAGCCCAAUGACUGAAGAGCAAUACUCUCUCACGUCUCAAUCAUCCUGCAGGCGUGGAUGACUUGUUCAGAAGGACACUGAAAGCCUGGCCUCGGAUUGUGAGCACUUCCUCAGAGAAGACCCCCCGCCCCAUCCAUCAUGUCUGCCCGGGAUUCAGCUCAGCUUACGGCAUCUCAUUCAGAUGAGGUCAAACUGCGUCCAAACCUCCCCCCAAAACCGACAGAACGAUCCACCUCUCUUCCAUGUGAUGAGAGUGAACGCUCCAUCAGCCCCUCUGGCGUGAACGUGAAGAGGAUCGUGAACAAGUUAACCAAAAACACGGUUGACACGGACAAAAGCGUAGCGUGUGGGGAGCCGGUACAACGGAUGCCCAUGAAAAAGCAGCCCGUGAUUAAACCAAAACCUGUGUCUGCCGCCUCCACUUCGGGGUCGCAUUUAGCACCUCCAUUGCCAAAGAAGAGGCUUCGCACCCCACCGAUGAGGAGCACAGAGUCAGAAGACACCGGCAGCAUCUGCAGCGAAGGAAGUCGAUCAGAACCUGAUGGAAAAGAGGUGGAGGAACAAUCGGCUGGGAAAGCAGAGGGCGAGAAACAUCCAGACAGCGUCCCCGUCCCCAGCUCCUGCUGCAACACGAGCUGCAGCUGCAUGUGUCACCUCCAGCGGCCUGGCAUGAAGCUGGUGUGGGUGCCAGUGACAGGGGAGGACAACAGCAUUGGCACAGAGAAACAUGGGAGCAUUGAGGAGGAGAAAGAGAAAGAGCAUAGGAAGGACUGCGAGAAGCAUGUGGAGGUGGAAGAUAAAUGCAAUAAGAAAGGACCUGAGGUGGAGAACAGGGAGACAAAGACAGAAAAGAAAAAGAUCCACAACUCGUUGGACGUUAAAAUCAGCGAACGUGACAGAACAUUUACAGAACCAGUAUCUCCCUUUCUUCAGCCUGCUGUCCCACAACAGAAUCCGCUUGUGCCAGACAACGACAAAGCCACCCAAGAAGAAACAUUUGAAAAUAUUUAUGAGACGCGUAUCUGUGCGGUUGAUCCAAGUCACAAAAAGAAAGACACAGAUGAGGUGGAUAGUCCUCAAGUCACUGUGCCUUUAGCUCGCCCCUCUAGGCCUCUACAGAGCGAGAUGGACAGUUCUUCAGGAUCAGGGGGUGAUGAUGUGCCGCCCUCAAUCCCGCCCCGUUUAGUUAUCACUCAGAACUCUCGUUGCCUCGUGCCCAAUUCUUCAGUGGAGGAUCGGGGCUCACUGCGACCCUCCACCCCCAGCAGAAAUAGCAGGACCCCGCCGCACACCAGCCCCAGACUGCAGAGACCUCUGCAGUCGCUGCCAAAGACAGAUCUCAGCAAUAGCAGCAGUCACACAAGCGUACAGAAAAACGGAGGAGACGAUGACGGAUGGAAGGAUGAUUCGACUGAAGAAGAGCCUCCCACACAGAACAAGUUUUCCAACAAGUGGAAGUCCCGGCUGCAAAAUGAGCCUCUAUACCAGACGUAUCGGGCCACCGUCAUCACCAAGGAGAUCCAUCAGCAGACAAAAACAGGCCCCCUGCCCACACCACCGCAGAACACCCUGUGGCGGGAUGUCCCGGCAGUACAGGAGAGUGGCGUCCUGGAGAAUCUCACAGACGCACAGUGCAAGUAUCAGGAGAGUAUGUUCGAGGUAUUGACAUCAGAAGCCUCCUAUCUUCGGUCGUUGCACGUGUUAACAGAACACUUCUUGGAAAACCGUGAGCUAAAGGAGACGCUGGUCCAUAUGGAUAAGAAACCCCUCUUUUCCAACAUUUUUAGGGUCCGUGAGGUCAGCGAGAGGUUCUUAAAGGACCUGGAGGACAGAGUGUUUGAAAACAUUGUGUUCUCCGACAUCUGCGACAUCGUCCAUUACCACGCCCAGCACAACUUCCCCGCCUACAUCUACUACGUGCGCAACCAGAUCUACCAGGAUAAGACUUACACCUCGCUCAUGAAGAACAACACACAGUUCGCCGCCGUCAUCAAUCGCCUUCAAAAGUCGCCUCAGUGCCACAGGCUGCCAUUUACGUCCUUCCUGCUGCUGCCCUUCCAGCGGAUCACGCGCAUCAAAAUGCUCAUUGAGGGCAUCCUGAAGAGAACACAAGAGGGGACCAAAGAGGAGCAGAUGGCCUCCAAGGCUUUGACAUCUGUUUCAAAGAUCAUUGACGAGUGCAACACAGAGGUGGGGAAGAUGAGACAGAUGGAGGAGUUGAUCCUCAUCUCUAAAACUCUAGAGUUUGACAAGCUCAAGGCCAUUCCGAUCAUCUCCCAGACACGAUUCCUGGAGAAGAAGGGAGAGCUCCAAGAAAUGUCCCGAGGGGGAACCCUCUUCCAUAUGAGAAUCAAGUUCAAUCCCAUCUACCUCUUUCUCUUCAAUGACCUGCUCGUCAUUACUGCCAGCACAGUCAAGAAGGGUGCCGAGCGCUUUAUGGUGUUGGACUACGCUCAUCGCUCGCUGGUGCAGGUGCAACCCCUGGAGGAGGACAGGAGCAGCGCACCUUACGACAACUGCUUUACACUAAUCCUGCUGGAGAACCACAGUGGCCGCAUGCUGGAGCGCCUCAUCAAAGCCCCUUCAAAGCCAGACAUGCACAGAUGGAUGGCAGCCUUCCCCGGGAAAGAGGAAGAUGAUGUGGUCUAUGACGUCUGGGAUUGUCCCCAGGUGCAGUGUGUGGAGCAGUAUGUGGCCCAGCAGGCCGACGAGCUGACCCUGGAGCAAACUGAGAUAGUCAACAUCAUCCGCAAAACCAACGAAGGCUGGUACGAGGGUAUCCGCCUGUCAGACGGCCAGAAGGGUUGGUUCCCCGUCAACCACAUCGUCGAGAUCACCAACGAGCAUGUGAGGCGGCGCAACCUAAAGGAACGUUAUCGAGUCAUUCACGCGGCCAGCUUGGUGACCACUGGCAAGAGCCACAUCUUGAACUAAGACUUUACUUUAUUUAAGUUGACUUUAUAUAACUUUACUUUAUAUAAGUAGACUUUAUAUAAAUGGACUUUAUUUAGGUUGACUUUUACACUCUUAACGUUGACUUGUAAGUUGACUUUUACGUUGACUUUGAUUGCAAGGAUGAGUGAUGACGAAAUGGACACACUCACCACCUCCAAACUUGUACUGUACUUUCCAAGAAGCUGCUGCUGCUUUAAUGACUGCGUGUCAAAGACAUCACAUUGUGAACAAGUCACACAACAACAAACUGUAAAAUACAACAAUUGUUCCAGUCAAGUUGGGAAAAACAAAUUGAAAUCACUGGACUGCUCAACCUGGCUGACACGUUGGAUGAGCCUUGUGUAGGUUUAGUUUUGUAAAUACGCAAUGUGCUGCGAGUAGCUUUACAACACACACACACAAUAAAAGUGUAACUAGCCUGCCAGGUGCUUGGUCCUAU